AUGGAGGAAACGUGUGAGGCGCAGAUGUGAAGAGACAACUGGCUUUAAACCUCCUGCUGGUUUCUCUCUCUUCUGCAAUCUGAUGAUCGACCGGAGCCUGAGAGAUGCAGCCUCUACCUGACAGAUGCGUGGCACCACACAACCUACAGUGUGUCUCCUGUCCACCUGCUGCUGAUCUGCUGUGGUCGGCUGUGGAGGGCUGAGACGACGGCUUCAUCUGCAGAUCUCAUCAUCAUCAGCAUCGACAUCAUCUGCCACUUCAAACAGAAGCCAGAGGACGGAGGCUGAUCUUUGGCUCAUCAGAACAGCAGCAGUCCAAAAACGACCUGUAGAUGACGACUCCAGCAGAGCCGCUGGCCUGAGAGCAGCAUGAGCUAAUUGAGGAACUAACCAACUCAUUGCUGAAUCAAGUGUUUUUCUCCUGUUUGGGGCCGAUGGAAAGGUUCCAGUGUGUCAGCUGACUGAAGGGGACGCAGUGGUGUUGUAGCCCGGGACGCAGCCUAGCAGCUGAGGUGCAGACACCACGCAGGAGAUGGCCCGACCGGGAUCAGGGCUGCUGGUGCCCGUCAACGGCCUGGGGUACCCACCUCAGAACCUGGCCAGGGUGGUGGUCUGGGAGUGGUUGAACGAACACGGGCGCUGUAGACCCUACAGUGCAGCGGUUUGCCACCACAUUGAGAACGUGCUGAAGGGGGACGCCCGGGGGACGGUGGUCCUGGGGCAGGUGGACGCUCCGCUCUCCCCUUACGUCAUCGACCUGCAGUCCAUGCACCAGUUUCGACAAGACACAGGCACCAUGAGACCAGUGCAGAGGAACUUCUACGAGCCCUCGUCAGCCCCGGGAAAAGGCGUGGUGUGGGAGUGGGAGAACGACAACGGCUCGUGGACGCCCUACGACAUGGAGAUCUGUGUGACCAUCCAGAACGCCUACGAGAAGCAGCACCCCUGGCUGGACCUGACCUCUCUGGGCUUCUGCUACCUCAUCGACUUCAACAGCAUGUCUCAGACCAACAGGCAGAGCCAGCGCAAGCGGCGCCUGCGGAGACGCAUGGACCUGGCCUACCCGCUCAUCAUGGGCUCCAUCCCCAAGUCGCAGUCCUGGCCUGUAGGAGCCAGCUCUGGCCAGCCCUGCUCCUGCCAGCAGUGCAUCCUGGUCAACAGCACGAGAGCCGCCUCCAACGCUAUCCUGGCGUCUCAGCGGCGUAAGCUCUACGGAGGGACGGCGGGCAACACGGGCGCUACAGGAGCCCACAGUGUGGUGCGGCAGAGCAAUACUUUCGCCGGGACCUCCCUCUGGUCUCCGACAUCCGCCUCCUCCGGCACCAACAAUAAUAACAUAAGUGUGGGAGGUGGGCAAGCCAAAGCUGAACAGGUGCAGUUGCCACUGUACGCUGCCAACUUCCCCUGUUCCCCUGUGAUGCCAUCGCUCUCAUCCGCCCACGGCCACCACGCUCUCACCAUCAACGGACAGAACAACCUGAACCGGCCUGGCACCCAGCGCAUUUCCAUGGGCACGGCCAGAGGAGCCAUCCCACCAGGUGUUCCUGCCCUCCCAGUAAAGAACCUGACUGGAUCUGGACCAGUACACCCAGCACUAGCAGGUAUGACAGGUAUCCUGAUGUGCGCUGCAGGUCUGCCGGUUUGCCUGACGCGGGCUCCCAAGCCUAUACUGCACCCCCCGCCCAUUAACAAGAGCGACAUGAAGCCUGUGCAGGGGAUCAACGGCAUGCGCCGCAAAACCAAGAAGAAGCACCUGAGAAGAGGGAAAAACCCAGAGGAUGUCGUGCGAAGAUACACGGACAGGAUUAAAGUGGUGCCAGACGAGGAUUGUACCAUCUGCAUGGAGAGGCUGGUCAUGUCGUCGGGCUAUGAAGGCGUCCUGCAGCACAAAGGCAUCAAGCCAGAGCUGGUAGGCAAACUUGGCAAGUGUGGGCACAUGUACCAUCUGCUGUGCCUGGUGGCCAUGUACAACAAUGGCAAUAAGGAUGGCAGUCUUCAGUGCCCAACAUGCAAAACCAUCUAUGGGGAGAAAACAGGCACCCAGCCUCCUGGGAAGAUGGAGUACCACGUCAUCCCCCACUGCCUGCCCGGCUACCCCGACUCCAGAAGCAUCCGCAUUGUCUACGACAUUCCUGCCGGGAUCCAGACCAAUGAGCACCCCAGCCCGGGGAAGAAGUUCAGUGCGAGAGGGUUCCCUCGACACUGCUACCUCCCUGACAACGAGAAAGGCAGGAAGGUCCUGAAGCUGCUCAUCAUGGCCUGGGACCGACGCCUCAUCUUCACCAUUGGCACGUCCAGCACCACGGGCGAGUCGGACACAGUGGUGUGGAACGAGAUCCACCACAAGACAGAAUUCGGCUCCAACCUGACGGGCCACGGCUACCCCGACCCCAACUAUCUGGAGAACGUCCUGACGGAGCUGUCGGCCCAGGGGGUCGGCGAAGACAACCUGAAGGACUGACGGCCGGCUCAGCUGGUGCACAGGAACACAACCCACCCACCUCCCAUCAGACCAGGGACAGUGUAUGAAGGGCCAACACGCAGCCGACGACUCUUUACUCCCCGCAAACAAAAAUACCCUGCAGAAGUGCAACGGAGGCAGAAUAAAUGACAUGGUUAUGAUCAAUGUUAAGAUUUCCCCUGUGGAUUUGUGCCAGAUUUUCUCAGAGGUUUGAGGAAAUUAGAGAAAUGGUGAAUUAUCUGUGUUCUCUGAUGUCGGCUGCAGGUAACUGAUAUUUAAGCCCCUUUAGAUUCAGACUAAAGCUGUUUCUCUGCACUUGGAGUAAAUGACGACGGGCCAAAACUAUAUGAAGGCAUAUGUGUAAAUGCUGAACUCCAGAAUGCAUGGCCCCGGACUAACACUGCAUACUGAAUGUGCGAGUAUACGUUAGGGGGAGGUCGUCACAGGAUCAGCUGUUGCUUGAUAUUGUGACGAUACAUUUAAGAGAAUUUUUGCUAUCACAAAUGAACCCAAAUUAAUCGAUUAACUGCUCUUCUUUUUACUUAUUACUCUAAUAAUCAAUUAUUGACCUGCAGUGGUUUUGUGAUUUGAAGGAGAGGAUCUCUCGACUCUGGUGAUGUCAUUGAAGGUGCACUCAGCUUCCUGUAUCUGACCUUUUCGAGCUCCGACACCACAGAUCAGUUGCUCUGUGAAACGGAUGUAUUGCAUGAAGUGGAUUCCAGAGAUGAAAUAUGAAAUAUUGGUGUUAGGUAAUAAAUGUAUGUUGUGUGGUUAACCUUGUGGACGGUCUUCGAGAGGAGACGUGACACGGAUGAAAACAAGCAUCUUACCGGUCAGUUUGAUGCUUGUGACGAGCUGUUGUUGAUGCUGAGGUUGUGGAGAGGGAUUUACUCUGCUCCGAGGUUAAACUCACGCGUUCUGUUCACACGCUGAUGACACUGACCUCCGUGAAUAUGGCGCCUGCAUUAUUUCUCACCCUGUUGGAGCAAACCCAGGCGUUGGCUCGAUCAAUUAUGCUGUAAGGGGGUGAGAGUGUGAUCGCGUGCUACGAGGCAUUAACACGCUGCCUUCAGGUCCCAGAGGAUAAAAGCUUCUCGCAGAUGGGCGCCCCCCCCCCUGUUGCAAACACCCAACGGUUUUCCUUUGGAGAUCCAUCUUGGGCCCUGCUCUCCUGCAGUCUGCUCUCUUGUGGGCUUGUUUGCUGCCUGGUGAGGGAGCCGGGCUCCGCUGCUUGUAGAGCGAGCAGUGAAACAUCUCAUUCCCUGCAUGAGCUCACUCUAGAGUAGUUUGGGCCGAACCUGAUGUACGGCCUUGCCUCAACUCUCCCUUCUCCUAACAGCGGAGCACGUCAUUUGAGGAACCAUGCAAACAUUGUGUCCAGUAAGUUAUUCCUUGCUGGAAACAAAUUAUUCCCCCUCUGAUAUUUUUUUUUUUUUUGCCCGUGAGCUAGAAGACUUUUUUGAAGGUCCUCGGUGGAGAUCUUGUGAUGUUUCUGUACUCCGAGAUAAAAGAUAAGCCAGCGCUGCAUAAUUCUCCAUAAAUAUAUCUGAUCAAUUUUAAUGAGCAGGGAGUGUUUAUGUAAGGUUUAUCGCGUGGACACCCAGCUGUGGGCUUUAUUUUGGAGUGAAUCAUAGUCUUCCAUAGCACUUUGAUGCAACAGUUUUCGUUUAAUCGGUGGUUUGAUUUUUAGGAAAAAUGUCUUGAAUUGCAACGAAAUCUUGUCUUUUUUUAAGUUGAUGUUUAUAAACUGGCUUGCAAUGCUUUGAAAAAUAUAUAUGAUUACUUUUGCAGAUGUGAUAUAUACCUUUAAAUUCAAGCUCAUUUUGAGUCUAUGGUGUAAGUUUAAUUUAUUUUUAUACUCUUCUAUAUAGAACAUACUGGCCCAGUUAUCUAUACACAGGCACAUAACAUGAAUACAUAAAAUCUGGCAAAGAUUUGUCACGAUGUCAGGGACUGUUGUAAUAUGUAUGACAUGUUAUAGACGUCUUAUAUUACAAGUAGUCUUAGCGUAUGCUGCUGUCGUUACCUUAAUGUAGAAUCUGUGUAGUUGGUCCCCUGUGGAAUUCCAAUAAAUACAGUAAAUGUGUCCUUUAUUAUUGGUAGGGGAGCUUUAGCAGCAUGAUGAUGUCCGCCCCCCCACAAAUAGGCCUUUUUUUCUUUCUCCUUGUCCAGAACAUGGAAUUGGAUUCUGUCCGUGUGGUCUUUGUUGAGUCUGAAGACGAAAACAACCUGGUUUAAAUGCCAGCUGCAAAUAUUCCGAGUUUGUUUUAGAAAACUGAAGCAACAGAUUGGUGCGAUUCAGCUCAGUCGGCAACAAGGGAAAUUAACUAUUAUUUUCAAAAGCCCUGAAACAUUUUUUUUUUAUUUCGACAUUAACACAGUAUAAUUUUAAAUGUUACAACUAUUUAAGUGUGUGUGUGUCUGUUCGUAAGGGGACCUCUUUAAGACCAAACCCCUUCCAGUUAUUACAAAUGUUGUUGGAGCCUAAAUCUCUUUUCACAGUCACAUUGUGGGGACAUGUCGUCCUUGUGGGGACAAAAAGCAAGACCCCACAACGUCAAUCAUUACAUUUUAAGGUGAAGACAUGGUUUAAAGUUUACUUAAGGUAAGGUUUAGGUUGAGGUAAGAGUAAAGGUUGGGUGAGGCAAGUAGAAACUGGCUGGUUGUCUUAAUAGGCAACCUUUUAUUUUGGUUUCAAGUCCCAACAGAUCAAUAUGUGUGCAGUGUUGUGCUCACAGUGUGUUUUCACUGCCCCCAAGUGGCUAGUUUUAAUUAUUCAACUUUAUAAUAAUACAUUUUAUUGUUUCAAUUUAAAAAUAGCAUUUUCAGAGGCUUUUUUUUAUUUAUCUCAAAUUCCAAAUUCCUGGUCUCUAGAGAAGCUGAAAAAGCUGAAAGUAAUUUUGUAAGUGUUAUUUUUACCCAGCUGUGAUUGUUUUUCCCUGUUCCAUUUCAUGUUUUCCUUUGGCACCCUUUUUCAAAAUGGGACAGCGUGAGUGAAUACUUCAAAUCUAUCAGGGAACUUUUUUCCAUGUUGACUGAAGUUUCAUACACUAAGAGAAAUCCAAACUUUUGCUUCUUUGACUUCUUUCCUUUCCACGAGUCGGUCCCUGCAGUGAGAGCGAUGCAGGCCCUUUAGACUCUUCAGGUGUGUACAGAUGAAUAAAACAUGGUUCGGUAUUUGUCUGAUUAAGGAAGAGAGAGAUGGUGUUUAUGCAAUUUACUAUUUUUGAGAUCUAAUACAUGAUUAAUGUGUAGCAAGGAGGCUGAUUUGUGGUUGAAAUGACAGUUUUCUUUACAGGGCUGCCUGUACCUCCUGCUUUAUAGAGUCUGAGGAUGUUCACAUGCUACGUAUUAGAAAAUAUUUUUGAUGUCUUUUUUUGAAUGAUGAUUGUCUCUAAAAGAACUGUUACAUGACAUUGCUGUAUUACUCUUAUUAAGACUCAUUCCAUGAUAGUUUUGCUUUUGAUCAGAUGUGGGAUAAAGGAUAAAACCACUCCCAACACAGGAAGGAUUUGUACAGUAGUACUCUCUCAUACUAUCCACUGUAAACUGUACUUCUUUCUCUAAAUUAUACCUUAACAUUUUUGUGUGGAUCUUCUGUGCGUUUGUAUCCUUCUGCCUGUGCGACUGUGUGCGAAUGCCUAGGUUCAUGUCCUUUUAAGAUACAGUAAUGUUCUCCUAGAGGUGCAUGUCAACCAAACUGUGUGUAAGUGUAUUUCCAAUGCAUCGCUGUUUGUGUAUGAAGACAUCAUAGCUUCUUUAGAAACGUCAUCAAGGCUCUCCUGGUGAUUUAGCACUGUGGUUAUGCAUCUGACACGUUUAUUUUUUCCUCGAUCAGAUUUGAUUUAUUCGGGACGGGGACGAGGCAGCGUUUGGCCGCUCUCCUCACUCUUUUCGACGACUUGUAAAACAUCUGAAUGUUUUGCAUUUUUAAGUGCCCAUUUUAAACUGACAUUGUCAAAUCAUGAUGUUUUUUUUAUGUGGUAUGAUUUUUCUCUUCAGCGGUGUCACCAUGUGGCUGUUGAAAAUGGGUCACAAAGAGAAACUGAGAUCUAAAAAGUAAGAUAUAGAGAGACAUUUAUGAAACUAUAAAGGGCUUCUUAAUCUAUCAGUCUUUAAUGAAUUGUGAUGACCUUGUUGCAUGUUUGUGUGUUUCUUGUGGAAAAAUAAAUGUGCCCUUCGAAGGGGUAGUUUGUUUGA